GACCAAUUGUUAUUUAAUAUUAGAUAACAGUUUAUAUGCAUUUACUUCAUUUGUAUAAAGCCAUCUGCCCAAUUUUCCAAAUGGUUUUCUUCUUUGUAGAGAAGAUAAAUCUCGGUAAAAGAUCUUGCUUUGAGAGAAUUCAAACAGUUCCCGCCAGAACCAAAAUCAGGACAGCCAAUUACAUGACAGAUGCAGUCUUGCAGAGGCACAGGUAGAUGCAGUCCGGUGCACAGGUGUUUAUUUUUAAGCAUUUGAUUUAUCAUGUUUCUCCAUGCAGUCACUCAGACUCUAACAAGUAGGAGUAGGCGCACGCAUUGGAACGAUGAGUUGGGUCGACAGGUACGUAACAUUAGGAUGACCUUGACCGCUGAUAAAGGUUGAUUAUCAUCAUUAAAUUGUGACAAUCAUCUGAGGAAGUUGCAACCCUUUCUUGAACAUUGUGGAUGCUGUUAAAAGUUUGUCACUCGCAUGGGAUCUUGUCUUUGAGAUAUUAGAACUUGCACUAUGUGCAGGUCAAAAGCGCCUGAACCCUACGACGUAAACUCGACUGAUAAGAAAUGGUAUAUGUAGCUCCGAAGUCAGUGUUGAAGCGAUCAGUUCUGAGGGUAGUUGCGAGUGGUGUGUACCUCUUAUAAACAUAUUUUUAAUAUUAGUGUUUUUGUGGAACUUUCAAGAAAGUUAAUUUUUAAACGCUACCACAGAACUUGCUUCAACUCUGGAUUUUAUGUUAUUCAAAUUGGAAAUAUUUAAUUUAAUGAUAUUUUACAAGAACGAAUUGAAAAUGUCAGAGUGUUAUUUACAUCGUGUGAAUCCAAUAUAUUAUUCUGAUUACUCUGAUACAUAGACUUAUACAGGACAAAUGUAUCUAUCUUGUAUCAUCUAAAUACUGAAUAAUUGGCUCGCUCCAUUUUAAGCGUGCCAAGUGGUGGAGAAGAUAUCGCUUCAGUGUGGAAAUUGUGGUCUUCAUCCAGAGGAAACGAAGAACUAGAUCCUCAGCUUAGUUUGGAAGGCCUUACACCCAAGAAAGAGUUGGAUACUGAUCAGAUCAGCACAGAGAAUAGGAGUGUUAUCAUGGAGAUUGUGUCAAAUAAUCCUAUCCUGAAGUCAUUUUUGGCUGGCUCACUUUCUGGUACAUGCUCCACAGUAAUGUUUCAACCACUUGAUUUGGUAAAGACAAGAUUGCAAAACCCUUCACCCGUUGCCAUUGGAACUGCUGCUUCUGGUGCCUCAACAUAUUCUACUGGAAGUAUGAUUUCAAUUGUGGGUCGGAUAGUUCAGAAGGAACACAUAUUUGGUUUGUGGAAGGGCAUGACUCCUUCCUUGACACGAUGUAUACCAGGAGUUGGACUAUAUUUUAUGUCUGUUGAUGUAAUGAAAUCACAUUUGAUUUCUAAUGAACCGAGCCCUCUUCAGGCUGUUGCAAUAGGAAUGUCUGCUCGGACAUUGAGUGGUGUCUGUCUCAUACCAGUUACUGUUAUAAAAACGAGAUAUGAGAGUGGAGUGUACAAUUAUACUGGUGUAAUAAAUGCUUUUCGCAUUAUAUAUCGUACAGAAGGUCUAAGAGGUUUGAGUUGUGGAUUGCUUCCAACUCUCGUGAGAGAUGCACCAUUUUCUGGUUUAUACUUGAUGUUUUAUACUCAGACCAAGAAAUUGACUACUGAUUGGCAAAAAUCAAGUUUAUCAGCACCUGCCAACUUUUGCUGUGGAAUUGUUGCUGGAAUAAUGGCAUCUAUUGUUACUCAGCCUGCUGAUGUUUUAAAAACCAAAAUGCAGCUAUUCCCUCAGAAAUUUGAUGGAAUGCACAGUGUGGUUCUGUAUGUGUACCAGAAAUAUGGAAUUAAAGGAUACUUCAAGGGUCUGGUUCCUAGGAUGCUGAGGAGAACAUUAAUGGCAGCUAUGGCAUGGACAGUAUACGAACAGCUUACUCGGAGCAUUGGACUAAAAUAAAAUAAAUUAAUAACUUCUGAAUUGAAAAUCUCAUUGUGAAGAUACUGGAGAAAAUUUGCUGAUGCAGUUCCUCCAGUAAAGCAAGAUGCAAGUUAUGUGCUUGGAAAUAGCUAACAACUUGAGUUGCUGAAUGAAAUGAUUGAUCAUCCUUCUUGCAUUAUUAAGUUGAGAUGAGUCAAUAUACAGAUGCCUGUUUCUGAUGAGAAACCUGAGCACACUCUAACUUCUGUGCAUAUAAAAUGGAUGUCUCAUAUAAGAAAGGCAAAUUGAUUACAUGAAGAAAAAAUGAAAAGGUGGCAGGAGACAGUCAGUUUACCAAAGUAGAUUACUCAAGUUCCUAUUUUGCCUCUGAGAUCUGUUUGAUCACUUCCCCAUAUGAGAACAAUUUAUCAUGAAAUUGUUGUCACUAUGGGAAAGCAUAAAUUUCAAUGUUCUUUCAUUGUAUAACAUCUGUAAUAUUUAAAAUAAAUAAUAGCUACUUGUGAAUAUGAUUUAACUUUGAUAAAAUAAUUUUUAAAAGUAUGUAUUGAAUGUUGUUCUUAAACUUCUUGUAAUGUAGGCAUUAACUUCCAUUGUUCCUCUGAAAUUGUCUGUAUUAUAUUGUUUUGUGACUACAGUGGCUUAGGAAAUUUUUAUUGACUUACUCAGCACAGAAAAAUUAUUUUGUUUUGCGUAUGGUCGAGUAAAGUUGUUACACUUGUGUAUUCAUUUUAAUAAAUCUUGCCAAUGUAUUCUAAUAAAAUUAUUUUAAUUGCAUUGAACAACAUUCUUCUGUGUGUGUACGUGAAGAAAAUGCUGUGAUACUUUGUUACAGAUAUUUUUGAUAAUUAUAUAUGACUGAUGAAAUAAUAAACUUUGUUGAUAACAAAAAUGUAUCUUGUU